AUGAAGAGUGACCAGUCCAUGAAACUGCCUCUUCGCUUUGGAGCAGGAGAUGUUCCUGCUGGUCAGAGCCCCAUGCAGCUUAAGAGACCCCCUUCUCCAGUGCCGAGCUGUGUGUCCAUGAAGAGUGACCAGUCCAUGAAACUGCCUCUUCGCUUUGGAGCAGGAGAUGUUCCUGCUGGUCAGAGCCCCAUGCAGCUUAAGAGACCCCCUUCUCCAGUGCCGAGCUGUGCGUCCAUGAAGAGUGACCGGUCCAUGGAGCAGCCUCUUCGCUUUGGAGCAGGAGAUGUUCCUGCUGGUCAGAGCCCCAUGCAGCUUAAGAGACCCCCUUCUCCAGUGCCGAGCUGUGUGUCCAUGAAGAGUGACCAGUCCAUGGAGCAGCCUCUUCGCUUUGGAGCAGGAGAUGUUCCUGCUGGUCAGAGCCCCAUGCAGCAUAAGAGACCCCCUUCUCCAGUGCCGAGCUGUGUGUCCUUGAAGAGUGACCAGUCCAAGGCGCUGAACUUUGGAGGAGGAGAUGUUCCUACUGGUCAGAGUGUGGAGAUUCAACAGGCCCACAAAUUACACCUGCUGGAGAGGUCCAAGUGUCUGAUGGAGGGACUCACACAUCAGGGAAGCUCCACGCUGCUCAGGAAGAUCUACACUGACCUCUACAUCAUGGAGGGGGGAGGAUGGGGUGUCAAUGAAGAACACGAGGUCAGACAGAUAGAGAGGGCAUCUUGGCAAAAAGCAGCACAAGGCGAGCCAAUCAAAUGCAGUGACAUCAUCUCUCGCUUAUCUGAAAAAGUCAGUCAGUUAUCUAAACAAGUCAAGGCCUCAUCUAAACAAACCACACAGAUAUCUAAGCAGGUCAAACCUAUUGGAUUAGUGCUGACAAAGGGCGUGGCUGGCAUUGGAAAAACGGUCUCUGUGCAGAAGUUCAUUCUAGACUGGGCUGAAGGCACGUCCAAUCAGGAUGUUGACUUCAUAUUUCCUCUUCCUUUCCGAGAGCUGAACCUGAUGAAGGAGAAAACCAUCAGUCUAGUUGAUCUCAUUAGGCACUUCUCAGAUGUGAAGGAUCCAAGAGUCUUCACCAGUUUAGAGAACAGAGUCAUGUUCAUCUUUGAUGGUCUGGAUGAGUGUCGACUUCCCCUAGAUUUCGACUCCAACCCUGAGUGCUGUGAUGUGACAGAGACUGUGCCAGUGGACGUGCUGCUGACAAACCUCAUCAAGGGAAAGCUGCUUCCCUCUGCUCUCCUCUGGAUCACCACCCGACCAGCAGCAGCCAAACAGAUCCCCCCAGAGUGUGUGAACCAGGUGACAGAAAUAAGGGGAUUUAACGACCGACAGAAGGAAGAAUACUUCGUGAAGAAGCUCUGUGAUGAGAGCCUGGCCAGCAGAAUCAUCGCUCACCUGAAGUCAUGCAGGAGCCUCUUCAUCAUGUGCCACAUUCCAGUCUUCAGCUGGAUUUUAGCUACAGUAGUAGAGAAAACAUCAGAUGAAUCAGGGAGUGUAGAGAUGCCAAGGACCCUCACUCAGAUGUACACACACUUCCUCAUCAUUCAGGUUAGAAUUAAAAAUACCAAAUACACCGAGCUAGAAGAGAGAGACGAAGAGAUGAUUUUCAAACUGGGCAAACUGGCUUUCCAACAGCUGGAGAGGGGAAAUCUGAUCUUCUAUGAGGGAGACCUAAGGCAGUGUGGCAUUGAUGUCACAGAAGCAUCCGUCUACUCAGGAGUGUGUACUCAGAUCUUCAGAGAGGAGGCUGGACUGUACCAGGGGAAAGUGUUCAGCUUUGUGCAUCUCAGUAUUCAGGAGUUUCUGGCAGCGUUAUAUGUGUUCCUCUGCUUCAUUCACAGAGAAAGAAACAUGUCUUACCAACAGCAAACCUCUCACCUCUCUGCUCUGUUCAGGGCGGCAACACUUCAUGACCUACACAAGACUGCAGUGGCUCUGGCGUUACAGAGUAGGAAUGGACACCUGGACCUUUUCUUUCGCUUCCUCCUUGGCUACUCACUGGAGUCCAAUCAGAACCUCUUAAACCAUGUAAUGGCACAGACCAACAACCAAUCUCAAAGCUCAGAGCAAACAGUUCAGUUAGUCAAACAGAAGACCAGACAGCAGAGGGAGUCAAACAGAAGGAUCAACUUGUUCUACUGUUUGAAUGAGUUGAAUCAUCAUGCUGUAGUUGAGGACAUUGACAGGAACUCUGGAACUUUGUCAGUAGAGAUGCUCCUACCAGGACAGUGGAAGACUGGGAAGUUUAUGUUUAAGACAUCAGAACAGUAUCUGGAUGGGUUUGACCUGCAGAAGUACAUACAGACACCAGAGAUGGAUCAGACUGACCUCCUGAGCCCAGAUGAUGUCCUCCAGAAGCUGACUGAUGUGUUCACAUCAUCCACCUCAGCACAGUGA